CGUCUCCUUAGUAGACUACAAACCAGUCGCAAUUCAGCUUGGUAAUACUUGUGUAUAUGUAAAUAGCACGAGGCGGUACGGCCCUAAAGUUCUACACUUCAGUCACGUGUCGAGUUCAAUGUACCGCAGUUCAGAUCUGUGCACAUACAUUAGAUCUAUGGCCAUCUUGAAUGGGUGUGUCGCCAUACAUGUAUUCUGGCACUCGUAAAUGAAAUAUUAAGAUAAAUCAUGACACCUUCGCUUAUCUUCGGUCUGGUUGCUGUUAUCGUCACUACCGGAAACAGAGUCUCCGGACAGGAAGUUGACACUACGCAUGGCAGAGUCACAGGUCUGCGAACUGCCGUCCUCGGGAAAUCCAUCGAUACCUACUAUGGCAUACCUUUCGCCAAACCACCAAUAGGAGACCUUAGGUUUAAGCACCCACAACCCAUUGAACCCUGGCGACCGGAGGUCAAGAACGCCCAAUCGCUGAAACCUUCAUGUCAACAACCAACGCCGGCUCCAAAUGGCAUGUCCUGGAGGACGACCCCGCCGACUUUCAGCGAGGAUUGUCUCUACAUCAAUGUAUGGGCACCAGCCAGCAUACCAACAAAUACCAACCUCGCAACCAUGGUAUGGAUCUAUGGUGGUUCCUUCACAUUCGGCUCCAUCAACAUGCCAUUGUAUGCCGGCAAGUAUCUUGCCGCCGAGAAGAACGUCAUCGUAAUGUCCAUAAACUACCGUGUAGGAGCGCAUGGAUUUUUGUACCUCAGCCCUGACACGUUUCCAGGCAACCAGGGACUCAUGGACCAGACUCUUGCCUUGCAGUGGAUUCGAGACAAUGUUGAGAGAUUCGGCGGAGAUGCAAACAGGAUUACCAUAUUUGGAGAAAGCGCCGGGGCAGCAUCAGUUGGACAUCUGUUGUUAUCCCCCAAAUCACGUGACCUCUUCACCCGUGCCAUUCUACAAAGCGGAUCCCCUCUUCCAGUAUGGGCAGCACAGGAACCGUCAGCUGCUGUUGGCAGCGCCAGAAGACUUGCGAUGUUAGCCAACUGCUCUGCCAGAUCUGAUGCUGAUAUUUACCAUUGCAUCAAAGACCUUCCUCCAGGAACUGUUCUAAAUUACCAGGCACAGGUCUUUGGCAUUGGAGGGAUAGCUUUCGCUCCUGUCGUUGACGGUUUCUUCUUACCAGACACUCCAAUAUCUCUUGUAGAAAAAGGUCAAAUGAAGAAAACUGAACUCUUAAUAGGUGUCAACAGGAAUGAAGGUACUCUAUUUCUUCCAGUCUCUCUGCCAACGAUAUUUACACUAUCAGAUCGAUUAAACGUGAGCAGGACACAAUUCCUGGUAGCAAUGAGAUCGUACGCGGCACUAAAUGGCCUGCCAUCGACAAUAGUCAAGGCAAUCAUGGCUCAAUACGAUGAAGUUCAAGUUCCUUCUCUACGUAAAGACUACGUUGAAACUACGGACGACAUCCUGGGAGACAGCUACUUCAAAUGUCCAGCAGCCAAACUGGCGGACUUCUACGCAGCAGCGGACGACGUGUACUUCUACUCCUUCGACCACCGGCUCGGCGCUUUGGUUGCACCGGCAUGGAUGGGAACUUUUCAUUCGGCUGAGAUAGAGAUGGUGUUUGGCCUUCCUCUCGGGAAUGAUUUCACAGCUUCAGAGGCGGAAAAAAUAACAAGUCGGAGCAUGAUGACAUACUGGGCGAAUUUUGCUAAAACUGGGAACCCUAACCUACCGGAGACGCCCGGCUUCCAGUGGCCAAGGUACACCACAGAUGAUGAAACCUACCUUGUCUUCACGGAUGCAGGGCAGCGCACCAGUCAGGGCGUGAGGAAACAGCAGUGUGUGUUCUGGGACACUCUGGUGCCACUGAUUCUCGAGAACGAGGAGACGCCUCCUGGAACGACGACAGAGAGGGUGGUUUACGUCUGUCCAAACCACGGAAGCAGAAUCUCCGUUUCAUUGGAAGUGUUGUUGGGCGUGGCACUUGCAGCUCUAUUAAGCUUUACUAAAUAAACACUCACAUCAACUGGAA